AUGGAGUCUCGCUUUUGGCCCAUUUCCCAGUUGGAAAAGCCGAACGUUACGAUGCUCUUGGCUGUUCUUGUCACGUUUCUUUUGAUUAUUGACUUGGUGAGAAAGAGGCGUCCCAGGAAUUUCCCUCCGGGGCCACAGCUAUUUCCUCUUGUGGGAACCAUUGUGGAUUUAAGGCAACCUCUCCAUCUUGAGAUGCAGAAGCUUACUGCAAGGUAUGGCAACAUCUUCAGCGUGCAGUUCGGAGGUCUGACUUUUGUGGUAGUCAGUGGGUACCAGAUGGUGAAAGAAGCUCUUGUCCACCAGGCUGAAAUAUUUGCAGAUCGGCCACAUAUUCCGCUUCUCCAAGAAAUUUUUAGAGGCUUUGGUCUUAUAUCCUCAAAUGGGCACAUAUGGAGGCAACAGAGAAAGUUUGUUUUAGCAACGCUGAAAAACACUGUGGUCAGUUUUGAGUCAAAAGUGCAAGAAGAGAGCCGGUACCUUGUGGAGGCGAUGGAGGAAGAGAAGGGGCAACCGUUUGACCCUCAUUACAAAAUUAAUAGCGCUGUUUCAAACAUUAUCUGUUCCAUAACUUUUGGGAACCGCUUUGACUACCAUGACAGCAACUUCCAGGAAUUACUGCACUUGCUCGCAGAAACACUGCUGCUGAUAGGAAGCUUCUGGGGCCAGCAUAGGAGGGCUCUUGGGGAAUUUUUUUAUGUUCUUAUGAGAACUUGUAGGAGGGUGUUUCGUUUUUGGCUUGUGUUUAUGAAAGCAUCCCCUCCCUAAUAAGCACUUCUACUGUCUUUUUUUUUUUUACACAAGUUUAAGGGUGACACCAACUCCUAUUUCCAUGAGGAAAAUCUGCUCUGCUCCACACUGGACCUCUUCUUGACUGGGACAGAGACAACAGCAACUGCCAUCCGUUGGGCUCUGCUCUACAUGGCCACGUACCCCCACAUUCAGGAGAAAGUGCAACUUGAAAUUGAUGCUGUGAUUGGCCAGUGCCGCCAGCCCACCAUGGAGGACAAGGAGCACAUGCCCUACACCAGCGCGGUGCUGAGCGAGGUGCUGCGAAUGGGCAACGUCGUGCCAUUGGGAGUGCCCAGGAUGUCCACCAAUGACACCACCCUGGCUGGCUUCCACGUGCCCAAGGGCACCACGCUGAUGACCAGCCUGACUUCAAUAAUGUUUGACAAAAACGUGUGGGAGACUCCAGACACCUUUAAUCCUGAACAUUUCCUGGAGAACGGCCAGUACAGGAGGCGGGAGGCUUUCCUGCCCUUCUCUGCAGGCAAGCGUGCCUGUCCUGGUGAGCAGCUGGCCAGGACUGAGCUCUUCAUCUUCUUCACUGCCCUGCUGCAGAAGUUCACCUUCCAGGCUCCGUCUGCCACUGUGCUGAGCUUUGCCUUCACAAUCAGCCUCACGCGCUGCCCCAAGCCCUUCCAACUCUGCGCCCUGCCUCGCUGCUGAGGGCGAGAUGGAAAGCAUUCCCUUUUCAGCUGUCCCAUUGGGUUACAGGCUGCAGUGCUGGGACUCCUCACAGCCAGCAGCCCUGCGUGGUGUGUGGGCAGUGGGGAGGGCAGGAGGGCUGCAUUCUGCACACCUCAAUGAGAACAAGCACUGGGACACCCCCAUCCCCCCCCUCCCCUUGUGCUCCUACUCCUUUCCCUGAUCAGUUUGAUAAAAUACAUGAAUUCAAAAGCCUUAUCACUUCAUUUCCAUCCUCAGCAACUCCAAGGAAGUAUCUGUCAUUUGUAAGCUAUGGGCACACUUGUUUGCUGUGUCUCUUCCUUAGUGGGCACAUUCAUCACCCAGAGACCUUGCAAUCCCUAAAUCUCAAUGCUGCUGCACAGUGAAUGGCCAUGGGCUGUGUUUGAAGGCCUUCCUGCUCACUAGGGGUGGCUGUCUGCAAAUGCAAGACCUAGGCUCAUACCUAUCACUUCAAUGGACUGCUAACUGCAAGUGCAGAUCCUGACCUCAGGGCUGGUGCAGUGUGUACUCCCCACAAAAUACUAUUUCUGCUUUGCAAUGGAAAGUCAAUACCUAAAUAUAAUAUAUUGCAGAGGAAAUAUAUAUAUAUAUUUUUUUCCCUUCCAUAUGUAUAUAGAAAUUUAAAUAAGAUGGUAGAAGCAUCUUCUACCAUAGGCUGGCCCAUGAGUGUCCGAACUUUUGACUUGCUUGGUUUGCACUGAAUGAAGAGGAAUUCAGCGAUGCACCUUUGCUUUGUAUGCGCUUCUAUCUCAGAUGCCACUUUGCCAGACUGCCCCUCUGCUGCCAUCUGACACACUGCAACAAAAGUAAUGGGA